AUGGAAAGAGUUCAGUUUUCUCUAUUGCUAAUCUUUACCCUUUCGUUCUAUUGCUUGAGAGCUGAAAGCGAAGAUGGCUUAGCUAUUCACAAGGUGAAACAACGUUGUAAUGCUGAGGAAAAAGAUGCCCUUCUUGAUUUUAAGCAAAGUCUAUCUGAUCCUCACAUCGUUCUCUCGAGUUGGGAUACCGACGAGGAUUGUUGCACGUGGAAGGGAGUGAGUUGUAGUAAUAAAACAAAUCAUGUCAUCAAACUCGAUUUAUCUGUUUUUUCAGAAACUUUAUAUGCCGCAUCAUUACAUCCGUCUUUUUUUCGCUUACGACACAUGCAAUAUUUGUGCUUGAGUAACAUUCACUUCAAUCAAACGAGGAUCCCUCAUUCUAUUGGUUCCCUCACUAAAUUGAGCCAUCUUGAUCUCUCCUAUUCGGGGUUCGUCGGAGAAAUUCCACCUCAUAUUGGAAACUUGACAAAACUUAGAUACCUUGAUCUUAGUUAUAAUUCUCUAGUUGCUUAUAACCUCUUAUGGAUGUCACACCUCUUCUCUUUACAACACAUUGAUAUGUCGAAGGUGAAUCUAACAUUUGCUACGAAUUGGUUACAUGAGAUUAGUGUGCUUCCAGCUCUUUCUACUUUGUAUUUGUCAUCAUGUAACCUACAAACACUUCCGAAUUUACUUCCAUUUUCUAAUUUUUCAUCAACUAUUGAAAGAUUUGCCCUUGUUUAUAACCAUCUCAAUGGAAUUUUGCCAAACUGGUUAGGACAACUCAAGAGAUUAAAGGAAUUAUAUCUCGAUUUGAACUAUUUUACUGGACCUAUCUCAUUUGCCUCUUCAAGCUUAUUAUGUGAUCUCAAUGUCUUGAGCCUUAGCUAUAAUAAUUUUACAAAAUUAAGUAAUGAUGAAACUGCUUUAAAAUGCAAAGAAUAUAAAAUGACCAAAAUUGAUUUCUCCAAUAACCAACUGAACGGUAGCAUACCUGAAUGGUUUGGAAAUAUGAGAAAUUUAACAGACCUUUUUCUUGGAAAUAAUCAGUUUGAUGGACUUAUUCCACACAGCCUUGGACAACUAACUAAUUUAGCUACUUUGGAUCUUGGUUCUAAUAAUUUGCAUGAUAAUAUCUCUGAGUUUCAUUUUGCAAGCCUAUCACAAUUGAGAUACCUAGAUCUUUCACAUAAUAAAUUGAGUUUUAGCAUGAUUAGUCUUAAUUGGACUCCAGUAUUUCAAAUUUAUCAACUUCACCUAAGUUCUUGUCUCGUUGGUCCUCAAUUCCCACUAUGGCUUCAAAAUCAAAAGCUCAUUUCCUUAUUAGACCUCUCCAAUUGUGGCAUUUCUGAUAUCAUUCCGAGUUGGUUUUGGAAUAUUUCAUCUCAAAUAAAGUACUUGAACAUGUCUCAAAAUGCAAUAAGAGGUGAACUACCAAUAUCAAUGAAUAUUGCAUUAGAGGCAAAUAUCGACUUAAGAUCGAAUCUUUUGGAAGGGCGUCUUCCUCGGCUAAAGAAUUUUGUACGUUGUGUAUCAUUUUCGAAUAAUAAGUUCUCAAGCGGGAUUGAGUUAUAUGUAAAUGGGAACAUGAGUGUUGGUUGUGCUCGACCUUUCUCAAAAUCAUCUCUCAUGUGA